AUGACACAGGAGGAAAGCCAUUCCCCUAAUAAGGAGGGUUUCGAUGAGAAAAAAGACUCCAUUAAUCUAAGCGUUCAUCAGCUGUCUAAUGGCACAACAACCCCCUCAGACAGCAAUAAACCCGACCCGGAAGCACAGCAAGACACGCUCUCUCACCUCCUCAUUAGAAAUGGCGAACAAGUCCUCGUCAUUUGGACUCUGGAAGAAGAAUCUGUCAUAGUUCGGAAACUCGACUUCCUUUUCCUUCCCAUUUUUUCGGUCCGUCUUCCCAUAAUCCCGAGCUCUCCUAUUUUCUUUCCCGCUAAACCUCCCUUCCAGUUAAUAUUUACCUGGAUGGCCAUUGAUCGCACCAACGUGGCGAGCGUUCUGACAUCUACCUUCCUUUCCGACACAUCCAUGACCCAGGAUCAAGCCAACACAGGUGUCUCUCUACUCUGGCUGGGCAUUGUCUUGCUCGAGAUCCCCUCAAACAUCAUCCUCCACCGCGUGGGUCCCCACUACUGGAUUCCCGCCCAAGUCGUCGUCUGGGGCUUAGUGGAGGUACUCCAACUGUUCGUCACUAAUGCAAGUGGUUGGUAUGCCGCACGGCUGUUCCUAGGGCUCGCGGAGAGCGGGUUCAUCCCCGGUGGUCUGUACAUCUUGUCUACGUGGUAUGCACCCAACGAGCUCACAAAACGCACUGCGGUAUUUUUCCUUGGGCCGGCGUUUGCUGCGGCUUUUGGAUCGCUGAUUUCGGCGGGCGCAUUGAGCUUACACCAGGAUGGGGGGCUGAGUGGGUGGCAAUGGAUCUUUAUCGUCUGUGGCAUCUCCACGAUAGCCUCAGGACUCUUGGCUUUCGCCUUUGUUCCCAAGUCUCCCUACCAUACAGGUCACCUCUUUGGUGGUCUUAUACCUGUGCGGGGGUGGCUCAACGAGCACGAAGCUGACAUUCUUGUUGCACGUCAAGCCCGAAGAGAAGACCACCAGGCAGCCGGGUUGACUCUGAAAAUUAGCCGGAAGGAUAUAACUGAUGUCCUUUUCCACUGGGCUACCUGGCCAUACCUCGUUGUGUGCCUGGCCGGCCUCCAAUCCACUAAUGGGCUGAGCACCUGGGGCGCAACCAUCAUCAAAUCGCUUGGCUUUAGCGCAAUCCGAGCUAACUUGCUUAAUGCCCCCGGGAGUCUGCUGAGUGCAAUAUUUGGUAUUGUGUUGUCAGCGUUCGUUGACAGGUACAGUCGGUUUGGGUAUGCAAUCAUAUUUUCGGCUGUCUGGACUCUCGCUGGCCUAAUUGCACUUUACUCUCUUCCAAUUACCUCUAAAGCCUCGUGGUCGUUCUAUGCAGCUUACGUGGUCACCCAAUCAUCCCCAAACUGGCAGCCUAUCAAUGUCACCUGGUUGUCCUUGAACUUUAAGACACCCCAGAAACGUGCAAUCGCAUAUGCUAUAUACAUCGGAUGUUCUAACCUAGGCGGCACAUACGGUAACCAAGUAUUCCGGGCGAGCGACGCCCCUCUCUAUCACACCGCAUGGAUUGCCUGUAUAUCCCUGGGAGCAGUGUGGCUAGCCGGAAUUAUCACACAAACAUUCGGCUUUCAGUGGGCGAACCGGGUUUUCGCAAAGAAGUUGGCGGAUGACCCUGAGCUGGAAUCUGAGGUUACACAUAUUGACAGCAAUGGGCGAAAACAUCGCUACCAUUGGUGA